CGUUCAAAGCCGCCUACUUUUUUUUUCCUCACAGACGUUUGUUAAAAGAUCAAUUAUUUUCAAAUUUGUAUAAAGGUAGAGAUGUGGUAAAUACAAUUCUUGAUUAUAAUUUGUAUAGUUUUAGAAAGAGAGAGAAAAAGAGAGAGAGGAAAUGUCAGCUGAUCUGGAAUCUAUAUCAGAAGCGACUUCUGGAGCCAUUGGAGCUCUAGUUAGCACUACUAUCUUGUAUCCUCUUGACACCUGCAAAGCUAAGUACCAAGCAGAGGUUCAAGCUCAUGGUCUCCGUAAAUACAGUAAUCUCUCUGAUGUUCUGGUGGAGGCAAUAUCAAAAGGUAAGAUACUAUCACUGUACCAAGGUCUGGGAACCAAGAACUUGCAAUCUUUCAUUGCGCAGUUUGUGUAUUUCUAUGGAUAUAGCUACUUUAAGAGACUCUAUUUGGAGAAAAGUGGUUCCAAAUCCAUUGGAACAACAGCCAAUUUGCUAAUUGCAGCUGCAGCUGGCGCUUGUACAGCCAUAACAACUCAGCCACUGGAUACUGCUUCCUCAAGGAUGCAGACAAGUGCAUUUGGGAAAUCAAAAAGCCUUUGGAAAACACUUACAGAAGGUAGUUGGAGUGAAGCAUUUGAUGGCCUUGGGAUUUCUUUACUAUUGACAUCCAACCCUGCCAUUCAGUAUACAGUUUUUGAUCAACUUAAACAACGAUUGCUGAAAGAUAAAGAGAAGACAACAGAGAAAGGCACAUCAUCGCCUGUUGUACUUUCUGCAUUCUCUGCUUUUGUAUUAGGUGCACUGUCAAAGAGCAUAGCCACUGUUCUAACCUAUCCAGCGAUCAGGUGUAAGGUGAUGAUUCAAGCAGCAGACAAUGACGAGGAUAAGAAGGCUGAACCUAAAUCAAGUAAGACAAUCAGUGGUGUCAUAUGCUCUAUCUGGAAAAAAGAAGGAUUCUUGGGUUUCUUCAAGGGAUUACAUGCUCAAAUCCUCAAAACAGUGUUAAGCUCUGCAUUGCUUCUAAUGAUCAAGGAAAAGAUCUCUGCCACAACUUGGGUCCUCAUACUUUCACUUAGGAGAUUUCUGCUGCUCAGGCAGAGAAAGCUAAAAAGUGCUUAAAUUGUGAUCAUUUAAGCUGAGUCUGUGUGAAAAAAAAGCUUAUAUGAGAAAUCAGAAGAACAAAAGGGAGUUCAUUGCAAGGUUGCAGUCUAAGUAGUUAGUUCCAAUUACAGUCUGCAAGGUGCUCUAGCAGAAUGAUGAAUUUAAGAGAACAAUAUGAUAGUUUUUGGUCUUCUUAGAAGAGAAUAAUUUGACUAAGAUUUUUUUUUUCUUCUUUUGAUAACGUUAGAAUAAUCUGGUUAAAGAAUCUCUUUUUAGUUACUCUGGAACAAGUCUUUAGAAGAAAUAUUGGGGUUUUACUUCUGGUGGCAACAUGAUUGCACCUACUUU